AUGACUACUACACUUAGGAUGCUUACUUAUGAAAUAACGGCUGAUUGUAUGGAUGAAUAUCUAAGGAUCGGAGAAAGCACCGCAUUGAAUAGUCUGAAAAAGUUUGUUAAAGCUAUUGUAGUAAUUUAUUCGGAUAAGUACUUAAAGCCAUCAAACAACGAUGAUAUUGCUAGAUUGCUAACAGUUGGUGAAAGUCGUGGUUUUCCUGGAAUGUUGGGGAGUAUAGAUUGUAUGCACUGGAAAUGGAAAAGUUGUCUGACUGUGUUAAGCGAAAUGUAUACUAGUCAAAUUCAUGAACCAACAAUUAUUUUGGAAGCAGUGGCGUCGUAUGAUCUUUGGAUAUGGCAUGCAUUUUUUGGGUUACCAGGAUCUCAUAAUGACAUCAACGUGCUAGAUCGAUCUCCUAUAUUUGCCGAGCUUGCUGAAGGCUACGGUCCUCCAGUCAAUUACUCAAUCAAUAGUAAUGACUAUACAAUAGGAUACUACCUUGCUGAUGAAAUAUAUCCACAAUGGUCAACAUUUGCAUGUGUGGUAUUGCAUAACAUGAUUGUUGAGGAUGAUCGAGAUGUCAAUGGAUCAGAAGACUUCAAUUCUGAUGCAAUCGAUGGAAGUUCACAAAAACCGGUCUCACAUGAGCAUACACCUGAAUUUAUGGAAUUCAUUCAAAAUCAUCAUCUCAUUAGGGACAAGGAAACUCAUUCUCGACUCCAAGCUGACUUUGUUGAGCACUUGUGGCAAGUGCAUGGACAAUCAUGCUAG